CAACACACAAAAAUUAUUGUUUAUGCAACUUGACAAUCAUGGCGAGCACGUCGAGGAUUGAGGCAAAUAAAGUGGUGUGCUAUGCUCAUCCAGAUGCACCGCUUAUCGAGGAUUAUAGAGCGGGUGACAUGAUAUGUUCAGAAUGCGGACUCGUCGUGGGAGACAGAGUAAUAGAUGUGGGCUCGGAAUGGCGUACCUUCAGUAAUGAGAAAUCCGGUGUGGAUCCAUCUCGUGUGGGUGGACCAGAGAACCCUCUCCUGUCUGGCGGAGAUCUCUCCACCAUCAUAGGUCCUGGUCGAGGAGAUGCCUCAUUUGACAGUUUUGGAGUAUCCAAAUACCAGAAUAGAAGGAAUAUCAGCAGCACCGACAGAGCUCUAAUCAAUGCAUUCAGAGAGAUCAACACAAUGGCGGAUAGGAUCAACUUACCCAAAACUAUUGUGGACAGGGCCAACAAUUUGUUCAAACAGGUACACGAUGGAAAGAAUCUAAAAGGCAGAGCGAAUGAUGCAAUCGCAUCUGCAUGCCUGUACAUAGCGUGCCGGCAAGAGGGCGUGCCGCGAACCUUCAAGGAGAUAUGCGCCGUCAGCAAAAUCAGCAAGAAGGAGAUAGGCCGGUGCUUCAAGCUCAUCCUCAAGGCUCUGGAGACCUCCGUGGACCUGAUCACUACGGCCGACUUCAUGAGCCGGUUCUGUUCGAACCUGGGACUUCCGAACUCGGUGCAGAGGGCGGCGACUCAUAUCGCGCGGAAGGCUGGAGAGUUGGACAUCGUGUCUGGACGGAGUCCCAUAUCGGUGGCCGCCGCUGCCAUUUAUAUGGCGUCGCAGGCGUCAGAAGACAAGCGCAGUCAGAAAGAAAUCGGCGACAUAGCGGGCGUCGCUGACGUCACGAUUCGACAGUCGUACAAGCUCAUGUACCCGUUCGCGGCCAAGUUGUUCCCCGACGACUUCAAGUUCGCCACGCCCAUCGAGUUCCUGCCGCAGAUGUGAAAUGUAGUGAAGUAAACACCUUAACAUACUUGCGACAUCUCAUUCAUCACCUGAAUGAUCGUCUCGCGACACCUCAUCAAACACCUGAAUGAUCGUAUCGCGACACCUCAUCCAACACCUGAAUGAUCGUCUC